UUAUCUCUGCUAAUUAUUUUAAUUGAAGUACUCGCGGCCUAGUACCUAUAUACUCUGGUGACCAGAUUAAUAUUUUUUGCCGCCUUUUGACGUGAAAGCUGCCGGCAGCGUUGACCUGUGUGCUAAUAAGAGCUUCACUUCAUCAUAAUAUUUGACUAUCUGACGGUCAUCACAUACCGUCAUACGCGCUUUGGUCUUCUACUGGUCUAUUCACGAUCAUAUGAAGCAAGAUGUUUAACCGCAACAACUUCUCUAUGCCUUUCGGCUCCCGGCCCCCUCGCGAAGACGGCCAUUCAAGCCCCAACCCGGGCCAGGGACCUCCUCCAUAUCCACGAAGAGAUUACAACACUAACCCUGCGCCUACGGGUGGUGUAGGGGGAUAUGGAGCACCGAUGGGAAGGCCUAGUCAACAGCCACAAAUGCCCCCGAGAGCCCCGGUUGGAGGAAGCUCAGGGAGAACCUGGACCUUGCGCCCCGCGAAGAGCCCCGAUAAUACUUACACGUUUGGUAACUUAGUUGCAGUUUCGCCGCAGGAUUUCCCGCCUACGCGCGACGGGCUCGACCUUUUCCUUCUUGUGAACGAUCUUUAUGUAUUUUCCGCGCGCCCAUAUGAUGGCUUCCCGCCGGGCCACAUCAGCAUGUCGGAUCCUCAGCGGACGUGGGCUGGAGUUGCAUUCACAGACUCUGUCAACGUCCAGAUUUACGAUCCGUUCAGCCAAGGCGGGCAGGCUUAUAUCGGUUCCACGGACAUUGAAAUAGGUUUCGCCGGAAAGAAAAGGGUCGAAACUCCUUACGACCAAGACGAGUUGGGUAGUGCUGUGGUCAAGAAUUUUGAAAACCAAAUAUUUGCUCCGGGUCAGAAGAUUUUAAUGGACCAUAGAAGCAUCCCUCUUAUACUAACGGUUAAAACCGUUCAACGUGUCGAUCUGAGUUCCGAGAAAGCUGAUCUCUCCAGCGGUCAUGUCGAGACCCACCCCAGCGCCAGAGGAAUACUCACAAGGCAUUCUCAGAUCAACUUCUUCAAGGAUGCCCGCACUGGAAUCAAUCUGAAAGCGUCGAACCGGCGGCCAGCGGCCAACUCUAUUAUCCAGCCUGACUUUAAAUUCGAGAACAUGGGUAUUGGAGGUCUUGAUUCAGAGUUUAGCACAAUCUUCCGCCGUGCAUUUGCGUCUCGCAUUUUCCCUCCAGGCUUAGUUGAGAAGCUAGGUAUUCAGCAUGUAAAGGGUAUGCUACUCUAUGGCCCUCCAGGAACUGGUAAAACGUUGAUUGCGCGGCAAAUUGGCAAGAUGUUAAACGCAAGGGAACCAAAGAUCAUCAACGGUCCUGAAGUGCUGAAUAAAUAUGUCGGCCAGUCAGAGGAAAACAUCCGAAAGCUUUUUGCAGAUGCAGAGGCUGAGUACAAGGAGAAAGGCGAGGAAAGUGGGCUUCACAUCAUCAUCUUUGAUGAGCUUGAUGCUGUGUGUAAGCAGCGUGGUAGCGGAGCAGGCGGUGGCACAGGCGUAGGUGAUAGUGUGGUGAACCAACUGCUAUCAAAGCUCGAUGGUGUCGACCAACUUAACAACAUUCUCCUUAUUGGUAUGACCAACAGGAAGGACAUGAUCGAUGACGCGCUAUUGAGACCUGGUCGUCUUGAGGUCCAUAUGGAAAUCUCACUCCCGGAUGAGAAGGGCCGAGCUCAGAUUCUCAAGAUUCAUACCCAGAAGAUGAGAGACAACAACGUGAUGGAUGUGGACGUUAAUCUAUCCGAGCUAGCAUUGAUGACCAAAAACUUUUCGGGUGCCGAGAUUGCAGGUCUUGUUAAAUCCGCAUCCUCAUUCGCCUUUUCCCGUCAUGUCAAGGUUGGAACGAUGGCCGGUAUCAGUGAUGAUGUGGUAAACAUGAAAGUCAACCGAGGUGACUUCCACAAUGCUCUUGAUGAAGUUAAACCUGCGUUUGGUGUGUCAGAGGAGGAACUCUCAAGCCGUAUUCAAUACGGCAUUAUCCAUUACUCCGAUCAGAUCAACGAGAUUCUAAGAGAGGGUCAGCUCUUUGUGAAGCAAGUUGGGGAAUCGACACCUUUGUUCUCCGUCUUGUUACAUGGUCCAACCGCAUCAGGAAAGACUGCGCUCGCAGCCCGGAUUGCCAUUGAUUCGGGUUUCCCCUUUAUCAAGCUGAUCAGCCCUGAAGAUAUGGUCGGCUUUAGCGAAAUGGCCAAGGUCCAAUAUAUCAGCAAGAUAUUCGAUGACGCUUACAAGAGCCGUACCAGUGUAGUCGUCGUCGAUAACAUUGAAAGAAUUAUCGACUGGGUCCCAAUCGGUCCUCGGUUUAGCAAUACUGUUUUGCAGACAUUAAUGGUCUUCUUGAGAAAGCAGCCGACCAAGGAGCGACGAUUGUUGGUUCUGGCAACCACAACCCAGAGGGCUGUAUUGAAGCAGCUGGAUGUGUACAACUCAUUUAAUUCUGAUAUCAUGGUCCCGAAUGUCAUGACAUGUGUCGAGCUGCAGUACAUCAUGAAACAGUCGGAGGCGUUUGAUGAUCAGGAAAUUGCCCAGGUGUUAGGAGCGAUUGGGGGUAUCGACCAGGCCGAUAAGGCCCCUGAAGAGAAAGUCAUCGGUGUCGGUGUCAAGAAAGUGUUGUUGGGCAUUGAGACAGCCAAGCAGGAUGCUGACAAGGUUGAACGGUUCGUACGUGUCAUCGACAGGGCCAUCGAGGAAGAGCGGAGUUUCGAUUAAGACCCUCUCUUUCUCUCACACGGCUUAUUUCCAGAUAAAGCGGAUGUCCUUUUAGCUGUUGGAUACCCAAGUAUGUGCCUGUAUGAGUAGUAGAAUGGUAUUUGUACUUGGCGAGAUUGGCAAGAAAACGAAGUACUUAAGAUAAUGUGACCCUUACCUUGUGUUACUGUGUAAUGUAUUCCAUACAUUCACUCGCAAUCAUCUAAAGCUCAAACCUCACACAAACCAACGAACAAACCACACAGUCU